GGAUAAAUUUUCUCAUUCAAUACGAACAGUUCAUCCGGCAAACAACUCUCUCAGUUCCAAAAUUUUUAUUUUUUAAGUUUCCAAAAAGUUAUUUUCCCCUCACUUACAAAAAUGGCACCAAAAAAAGAUGGACCUGGACCUGGAGCGUAUAUGCUGCCAAGUACUAUUGGAUACGCGAAAACGGAUUACAGAAAGACUCGCAGCCCGCGUUAUUCAUUCGGACUAAGGAGUCAGAGCUCAUAUGAGGAAGAUGGACCUGGACCAGCAGCAUAUAAACUUGGAAGCGUUACACGUUAUGGCAAAGCAACAAAUUUGAAGUUUUCCAUGCUGCAUCGUGGUGAACUCGAAUAGUCCAAAUGGUUAACCAGUGGUUAAUUCCAGUAAUAUAAAUUGAUUUAUGGUCAGAUUUGGAGUACAAAAAUAAAACACUAAACAGAACUGCAA